AUGCAGCACUUUGCCGACCAGCUGCAUCCCGAGCACCACUCGGCCUCGCUGCGCGCCCGUCCCUACCGCACCAAGCGCAAGGACAGGCACCAUGGCGACGACAGCGACGACAACGACAGCAACGACAGCGACAGCUCCGAUGCUGGCCACCCGCGCUCGUCCCCUCCAGCUGCGCAUUCACGCCCUUCAUUUGCCGCGCCCGAGCUAGCUCAGCUACGUGUCGCAGGUCUAUUCCCUGCCGAGCUCCACCAAGUCCCUCCCUCACCGUUUCCUCACGCACCUGCAAGGGUGGCCAAGUCGCAUCUGGCACCAGCUAAGAUUCAGAAAGAACUGGCGCAGCCGCCUGCGCGCCUCUAUGCUGUCAACGCACGUGACCCCAACCAUGAGGCACGCAAUCUGAGGAGAACACACCUCAACGUGCUGUCCACUGUUAUGCACAAGUGUCUGUUGCAGGCCGACUACGACCGUGCUGGUCGAGCAUGGGGCAUGAUCCUGCGCACUCAGGCCACGCAUGGCAACACGGUGGAUCUUCGCAACCACGGCCGCUGGGCCAUUGGCGCUGAGCUGCUGCUUCGUCGGACGCCGCCCGACGACGAUGCCUUUAGCGAGCACGGCUUCGAGCUGGCAAGGGAGUAUUACGAGCGUCUCAUCGUCCAGCACCCCACCCGCAAGCAAGCACCGCAUGCUGUUGACCAGAGGAGCUUCUACCCCGCCAUGUUCUCGCUCUGGAUCCAGGAAGUAUGCGAGAAGAGCAGGCGCGCGCGGAAGCAGAGCGUGGAAGAAUCACGGUCGCGGUCCAGGAGCAUGUCCAUUGACAGCGGGGACGGUAAGAGAACCACCGACGCCCAGUCCCGCGAGGACGCCAUCCAAGUCGAAGAGCUUGCGCGCGCCAUGGAGAUUGCUGAGCGCCUCGGCGACCUUGUCAAAUCGCCACUGUUCGACAAGCAAGCCGGCCUGCUGCAGCUUCGCGGGAACGUCGCACUGUGGAUCAGCGACCUGAUCGUAGGCAACACGUCCGCCACCGCUGUGGACGAGUGGGAUGCGUAUCCGAUCAAUACGAGUGCUCCAGCUGAGGAGCAGAUCACCAAGUUCAAAAACUGCCAGCGAGAGCUGGAUAUAGCGCACAGCUAUCUGAGCCGGGUGGAAGAGAACGGGGGCCCGCGCCAGUACCACGCGCUGAAGAAGAUCGAGAGCCGCCUCAAAGAGCUGCAGAAGCAGAUUGCCAAGCUCGAGGCCGGGGGAGACGACACAAACGUCUCGAUGGAAGACGAUUGGUGA